UGGUGACUGUUUGGUGGUCUACAGCUGGCGUUAUCCACUAUUCUUUUUUGGCACCUGGAGAAACGAUAAAUACACAGAAAUGCUGUGCCCAACUCAAGGAAAUGCACCAAAAAUUGAGUAUUCAACGGCCGAGGUUGGUUAAAAGAGAUGGUGUGAUACUCCUUCACGACAAUGCAUGACCUCAUGUAUUCAGCACAACGGUUCAAAAAUUGAACGAAUUGCAGGUGAGACUCUGCGUCAUCCACCAUAUUCUCCGGACCUUUCGCCAACCGACUACUACUUUUUUAAGCAUUUGGAUCAUUUUUUGGCGGAAAAACAAUUUAGGAACGAAGAGGCUGUCAAAAUUGCCUUCGACGAAUUUAUCAACACCCAAUCAGUUGGACUCCUACGAUACUGGCAUACAUGGUCUUGAAUCUCGCUGGGAGAAGUGUUUUGAAUCGACUGACACCUAUUUUGAUCGAAUAAAUAAAUAUUUGUAAGCUUUACAGUCGUUUCAAAAUUUAGUACCAAAGCAGCUAUUUCAUUUGCAACAACCUAAUAGCUUUGUUUAUCCGAAAAAAAAUCCGCUAUUUUCUCUGUUACUAGCUUCAUUUCAACGGAAAGAAAACCGGUAAUGUUCAAAACGAAGUCACAUAAUGACAUAAGGCUACGUAAGGUAAUAGUACAUAGUUAACGUUUCUGUGAGAUUCAUCCAUUUAAAAUUUGUAAACUUGUUUCAUAUUGUCAAAAAAAGUUCUCUGGUUCUAUUGUAAUCGAUUUUAAUUGAAAUUCAAUCGAGUUUUCCCCAAAACGUAAUGAAAUUCAAAAAUUUGUGUCGAAUAUGUCUGAAACGCGGAAAAAUGAUGAGCUCUCUUAAUGAACCUAUAAUUGACGGAAAAGAAAACCUUAGAGCAAUGGAGUUUCUGAGUAAUAUCGCUAACGUAAAGGUAGCUUUUGAGGAAGAAAUGCCAGACCAGAUAUGCUACGGUUGCCUAAAGCAAAUCCGGCGAAUACAUGCGUUCAUCGCGAAAUGUCAAAAAACUGAUGUUGUACUGACUCGAUUUAAGGAAACCCGAGACGAUUUAACAAAGCUAAAGGAACUCGAAAUAUUCUCAAUACAUUCCGACUCAUACCAGGAUGGUACAGAAAUUAAGGAAGUAGUCAUUGAUCAGCAUCCAGUACUCGGCACAACCCCAAAUGGGAAGUAUAUUGACGAAAGUCUUUCAGAAUACCCUGAAACGAUCCUUGUUACACCAGACUUCUACCCAGAACAACUGCCGGAUGCUGUCAUUAAAGGCGAAGGAUUCAUUUCCGAAAUCACUUCCGUUGCAAGUCUGAACCAUUCUCAAUUAGAUACAUUCACCACAUUGAAGAGGAAGAGGUCUGAUAUAGAGGAGCCGCUAAUCUGUUCGAUCUGCUCAGAAACUUUUAAUUUCAAAAAACACCUAAAACAGCACAUGAAAACCGCACAUAGUACAAUUGACCAAACAGUUGAAUGUGAUAUUUGCCACAAAGUUUACAAAAAUAAAAUGUGCCUAAGGAAGCAUAAACUGCUCCUACACACGGAUGAGUUCAUCGCUCGUUCUAUUGAUACGGCUGUACAGUGCCCGAUCUGUUUCAAAUUUUUCGACAAUUUCACUUCCUUUACUUCCCACUACCAAUCGCACAGGGAAUUUGUAUGUGAAUAUUGUUCAAAAACGUUUCGACGAGCCUCAGAGCUAGUCACUCAUCAAGAGUCAUCUCAGCGGGGGGAAUUUAAGUGUGAACUUUGUUCGAAGGUAUUGGAAAGGGAGUCCUGCCUGGAGGCCCAUAUGCAGAGCCACGAGGAAAAAGAGGAAGCAGAAUGCAAAGUGUGCUUUAAGGGAUGCGAAAACAAACUAGCCUUACAGAUCCAUAUGCAGGUAAUUCAUGGAAUAGAUCCGUAUCGAUGUAAAAUCUGCUUAAAGAAGUUUCGCACUAAAAUGAUGUUAACAGAACAUAUCCGUUGUAUGCAUUCUGAAAAUGUUUAUUAUGUGGAUGCCUUCGAUUCACUAUUCAACAUUAAUGCCAACCAACAAUACUUAGAUAUGACCAGACUCGUUUUUUGAGUGUAUUAUUAAAGUGUUCAGUUAUGUAAAGAAUAUUGUGACUAGAAAACUAUUUUAGGAUAAGAAAAAAUUGUUGAUAACUAAAUAUAUUUAAUAUGAAUUUUCCAAA